GCGCGCCCCAGUUGUAGAAAGCUUCGGCUGCGGUCCGUGCGCGAGCCAGAGCGCAACCCCGAGUUCAGUGGCCGCGCGAGCCAGAGCGCGACCCCGAGUCCGGCGGCCGCGCAUGCCGUGUUGACAUCGUAGGUAAAGAAACGGAGGAAAAAAAGAAAAAAAAAUCAAAUCAGAAGUAAAACCUCAGUUUAAUCCCAUCAGAUAAAUCAACGGAUAAAAGACAGAAGCAGGAGUGAAUGCAGUGCAAAAUAUCCAACAAAGGACACAAAAUAAAACCGGCCACUCGAGAAACACCUCCCCAAAUUUUCCAAAGGAGAUCAACAUAACUGGAAAUCAUAUGGACGAAGAAAUGAGUCGCCAGACCGCCACAGCGCUGCCCGCCGGAACAUCAAAGUGCACUCCCUCCCAGCGAGUGCCAGCGCUGCCGGGCACCACUGCCUCCAACAGCGACCUGGCCAGCCUGUUCGAGUGCCCCGUCUGCUUCGACUACGUGUUGCCGCCCAUCCUGCAGUGCCAGAGCGGCCACCUGGUCUGCAGCAAUUGCCGGCCCAAGCUUACGUGCUGCCCCACCUGCCGUGGACCUCUGGGGUCCAUCCGCAACUUGGCCAUGGAGAAGGUGGCCAAUUCUGUGCUGUUCCCCUGCAAGUACGCCUCCUCCGGUUGUGAGGUCACGCUGCCACACACAGAGAAGCCGGAGCAUGAGGAGCUGUGUGAGUUCCGGCCCUAUUCCUGCCCCUGCCCUGGAGCAUCCUGUAAGUGGCAGGGCUCACUGGACGCCGUCAUGCCCCACCUGAUGCACCAGCACAAGUCCAUCACCACGCUGCAGGGCGAGGACAUCGUCUUCCUGGCCACGGACAUCAACCUACCGGGCGCCGUGGACUGGGUCAUGAUGCAGUCCUGCUUCGGCUUCCACUUCAUGCUGGUGCUGGAGAAACAGGAGAAGUACGACGGCCACCAGCAGUUCUUUGCCAUCGUGCAGCUCAUUGGAACACGCAAACAGGCCGAGAACUUUGCUUACCGCCUGGAGCUCAACGGACACCGCCGCCGACUCACCUGGGAGGCCACGCCCCGCUCCAUCCAUGAGGGCAUCGCUACGGCUAUCAUGAACAGCGACUGCCUGGUGUUUGACACGUCUAUUGCUCAGCUGUUUGCCGAGAACGGUAAUUUGGGCAUCAAUGUGACCAUCUCCAUGUGCUGAGUAGCAUACAUGCAGAGCACCUCUUCAAGGACACCUGGGAGUUCUGUUCUUUGGGAGAACUUUCCUCUUGAACUUACCCAUGGUAGUGCUUAGCAGCUAUGUGUUGGGCCCACAUGUGAGUUGCAUGGGUAGUUAUUGUUGCAGGCCCUGCACUGAGGCACAGAUCUUUGUCACCUUGAAGGGAUAUUGGUGGGCCCAGGAAAUAGGAGACACCCAUGUGGAGAGCCUGCAGAUCAGCAGAUCUUCAUUGCAGAAACUCUGAUUCCCUUGAAUAUGACCCAGAUUGUGUGCUCUUUCUAGAAACUACACAUUUGCACCAACUGUAAUUCUCAAUAAUAUUUGGACUUUUUCCAAGCUUCAGUUAGUUGUGUGUUAGCUAGCAUUGAUAAGCUAUGACGGGGAGGCUGGGCAUUAAUUCCUCUGCAAAACAGCCCGAGGCGCUUCUGUGCGAACGUAAAGGGGACUCGCACGUCACUGGUGGAUUAGCGGGAAGGAGGGGGGUGUUUUUAAAGCUGUGGGAUAUUUGAAGCAUCAGAGGGCUGGUCUUAGUUUUCUAAGUUGGUCUAAUUUACAUGAUUUCAGUUCCAUUCAAGGUGAAAUAGCAGCUUGUAUCAGUCUUGUUUAAUUUUUGUUCCUACUGUUUUCUUGAUUUCCAUCAAGGGAAACAACGGUACAGAUUUUGCUCUGUGGACAGAUCCGCUGGCUUAGACAAAACGUGUCCUGACACUGCAGCUGUGGUUUCCGCCUUUAAGCGUCCACCUGCCACUGGGACCAUUAAUGCCAUUCUGUUAAUAAUAUUAUUGUAAUUAUCAUUUUUGUAAGGAAUUUUAAGAAAAGAUGUUGUAAAGCUGUGGAUAAUUUUGUGUUUGUAGGCUGAUCGUUCUUUUAAAUAUACAGCUUUUUUUUUUUUUUUUGUCCUGUCCUUGCAGAGCAGAAGGCUGACAGAUCCCUCCUCAACAUAUAGGUCUGUUCAAGCUAUAUUCAGUCUCUGUGCAUCACUACAAUUUACUUUCUUUGUGUCAUUAAAAUAAAUCUAUCUUUUUCAUA